UUUGGUCAGAGUUGAAGCCAGAAGCUUUCUUCUCUAUGCGUAAGGUAAUGGCGGCUUCGUAGUUCUUCUUAUCGUCUCCUUUUCUCUCUGAAGAUUGACCCUUGGAUUCUCUCACUGCAUUUAUGCAAUGGCUCCUAUAAAGAAACUCAAGAAAAAGAAGAAGAAAAACAAGAAGGAUUCGAAGAAAUUCAAGAAGAAAAGAAGCAACGUCAACUUUGUUCCACCCGAGAGCAAUGCCAUCGAUACUGAAUGGUGGGAUAGCUUCUGGCUCAAGAACAAUGCACUUCCAGGUUUAAAAGUACCUUCAGAUGAGAUUGAAGGAUUUAAGUAUUUCUUCAGAGUAUCGAAGAAGACAUUUGAGUACAUCUGCUCACUUGUUAGAGAAGAUCUAGUUUCUCGACCGCCUUCUGGUCUAAUCAACAUAGAAGGAAGACUUCUUAGUGUUGAGAAACAGGUCGCGAUUGCCUUAAGACGCCUAGCCUCAGGUGAAUCCCAAGUUUCUGUUGGAGCUUCAUUCGGAGUUGGCCAGUCCACAGUUUCUCAGGUGACAUGGAGAUUCAUUGAAGCUCUAGAAGAACGAGCAAGGCACCAUCUAAGAUGGCCGGAUCCUGACAGAGUUGAAGAAAUAAAGUCUAUAUUCGAGGAAUCGUUCGGCUUGCCCAACUGUUGUGGAGCCAUUGAUUCGACUCACAUUGUCAUGACUCUCCCUGCAGUUGAAGCUUCUGAUGAUUGGUCUGACCAGAUGAAUAACUACAGCAUGUUCUUACAAGGGAUUGUGGAUAACGAAAUGAGGUUUCUCGAUAUCAUGACUGGUUGGCCAGGGGGAAUGCCAAUCCCUAGGCUACUGAAAUGUUCAGGCUUUUAUAAACUAUGUGAAACUCAUCAGAGGUUGAAUGGGAAGGCGAGAUUGUUUUCCGAUAAUGUCCAAGUAAGAGAAUUUAUCGUUGGAGGUGCUUGUUACCCUUUGCUUCCAUGGCUGAUAACACCGUAUGAAAACAGCGAGAAAUCUGGUUCGGGUUCGAAACCUGAUUUCAAUUUGAAACAUGAGGCGGUUAGGAAUUUAGCUGUGAAGGCUUUUGCGGUUUUGAAAGGGGGGUGGAGGAUUCUUAAUAAGGUAAUGUGGAGACCUGAUAAACGAAAGCUUCCGAGUAUAAUCUUGGUGUGUUGUCUACUUCAUAAUAUUAUUAUCGAUUGCGGGGAUAGUCUCUGUUUGGAUGUUGCUUUGUCUGGUUACCAUGAUGCUGGCUAUAUACAACAUUGCUGUAAACAGCAGGUUGGUAUUGAGGGAAGAAACACAAGGGAGAAUUUGGUCAAAUCGAUUAGCUUGUUGGGAAACAAAUGAGAUUCAUAAAGAUGGGCAAAGAAAGUCUUGAAACUGGUCAUUUGUGGGUUGGAUUGGAUCAUUGAAUGAGAAGAAGGGAAAAAACAUUUACUUAUUUUUGGGCUGAAUUUGAGAGAAAAUAUCAUUUGGGCAAAACAUCAUCACCAUAUUAAAUAUUACAGACAUUGAAUUUGAUUUGUAUGAUGUCUUCUUCCCAAGACUCUUACAAAAGAAAACUUGCUUUUAUUUACAAUAAUACCUCCAAUACAUGUUUU